AUGAUUGCCUUCAUUCUCUUUCUCCUCUCUGGUGGUGCGGCCGCCCAAGCCAAUGGCAACGGCAACGGCAAUGAUGGAAACAGCCCAGAUGUUAUUGUUGUCCCAGGCCUCGGUCUUGCAAAUGGUCCGCCAUUGGAUACAGCUGACUUGGACGAACAGUACAAAGGUAACGGUGUGUAUCUCAUUGGUGAGGAUGUCGCUGACGAUGUUCUGGAGACCAUAGUUGGAGACUUUCCGGACUAUGAAGAUAUUCCCAGCAUUGAGGAUUUGCCUGAUACCGAGGAAUAUCGCGAAGAAACUCUUAAUAGCACCCAAUUUGCUGGUGACGGCGGAUUGAGGAAGUCAGCUGCCAACGCCCGCAAGGUACCGUACGGUGAAAGGAAGCUGCAACUUAGUCAUUGGAGUGGAUGGGUUUCUGACGGAUGGGGUGGGGCUGAUUGCCCCAACUCAACAGCCCGGGAAGCAGACCAAUGGUACUUUGCCAAUGGUAUGGCGUGUCGUGGUAGCUGGUGUGAUGAUGUGCAGCUUGGCUGCACAAUGAGGUUUACUGGAAGGCCAAAGUGCACCGCCACUGCUGGAUGCAACUAUACUCAUCUUAUGGGCUGGCAGCAAGCUGUUUAUUACACCAAUUGGAUGUCUGAAGAGGGCCCUGGGACCUUGGGUUGCCCAAAUGGUCACUUUGUGACUGAGGUGUUUUGCAGUGGAGACUUCUGUGACGAUCUUUCCUUCAAGUGCGAAAAAUGGUCCUAUUCACUUGGGCAUACUGGCUGUUGGUGGGGAGGCCGGUACUCGGAGGAAGGGGACGGUGCUCGUCACUAUGCCGGUGACAACUAUAUGCUUGCUGGUAUUCAGUGCUCUGGAAGUUACUGCGACACCAAGCGGAAUCUCUACUGUGCAUCUGUUAAGCCGAGUAGGUAG